UCAGUCCUUCUUCCACCGCCAUACUGUAUUUUAUCCUAAAUCUCAUUUUUAUUCCAACAUUUUACUCCCGCUCGGUGAGUACCUUCUCAGUGGCAUUCUUGUCCUCUUCUUCUUUUUUAUUUUUAUUUUUGUCCCCCCUUUGUUUUUGUUUUUUUGUUUUUUGUUUUUUUCUUCUUUUUUUUUUCUCCACUUCUUUGAUUAUUGUUUGCAUUUGGGAAAGCUGGAGGAGCAUGGUUUUGAGCCUUUUCCUGAAUCCAAGUUUUUCUAGCAUGCGACGGUUCUGUAGACGAGGCGCUGCGUCUGGGAGUCCGCGGCGACCGUGCCCGCGAGGAGCGACUCCCAAGUCCAGCAAAAUGUGCAACUGGUUCGAAGGAAAAAGAGAUGUGAAGUAUGGUGCCUAUUUUUCCCCCCUUUGUAAAAAUAAAAAAUCAUGUUUCUAACUCUUUUUUUUUUUGCAUACUCUUUUUCUGAUAAGAUUUUUGUAUAGGUGGGAUCUUGCGGCAGUGUUCACAAGUUUGUGGUUUUGCUAUACGAAUACAAACCACUGAGCAAAGACAUGAAUUUUCUUAAUUUUUUUUUUGUGUGUGUGUGUGCUCUUUUUUGGAAGCCGGGGAGAACAAAUUCGUUUUUGUUUUUGUUUUUUUUCCCCCUACUUGUUUUUGAUACCCAUUGAUAACAUGAAACUUUUCUUGCAGCUUGUUCCUGGGAUUAUUUUUAAGCAAAUACUUUUUUUUUUCUCCUUUAAAUUAAGUGUGACUUUUGCACAUCUUCCUUUUUUUAAAAAAACAAAAACCCAAGAUCAUUUUAUGAAAGAUAUCCUGAUAUCUAUAUCUAUAUUAUCCCUUCUUCCUCCCUCUUUCCUCCCUGUAAAUCUAUUUUCAAAUGAUGGCAGUGGAAGGUUUUUCUGGAAAAAAAAAAUGAAGUGCGGUUUGGUUUCCUUGUCAACGGAAGAUGAAGUGAACAGCUGAGCAGCUCGCACAGAGCAGGAUUGGAACAAGCUGAGCCAACCAUGACUGGCAAAACACAGACCAGCAACGUCACCAAUAAGAACGACCCCAAGUCCAUCAACUCCCGCGUCUUCAUUGGCAACCUGAACACGGCCAUCGUCAAGAAGGUCGACAUUGAAGCGAUCUUCUCCAAGUAUGGGAAAAUAGUGGGCUGCUCCGUUCACAAAGGCUACGCGUUCGUGCAGUACAUGAGUGAGCGCCACGCACGAGCGGCGGUGGCUGGGGAGAACGCCAGGGUCAUCGCGGGCCAGCCGCUGGAUAUCAAUAUGGCAGGAGAACCGAAACCGUAUAGACCAAAGCCUGGAAAUAAGAGGCCCAUUUCUGCGCUUUACAGACUUGAGUCAAAGGAGCCUUUCCUGUCAGUUGGUGGUUAUGUCUUUGACUAUGAUUACUACAGAGAUGACUUCUACAAUCGGUUGUUUGACUACCACGGCCGCGUGCCGCCGCCGCCCCGCGCGGUCAUCCCGCUGAAGCGGCCCCGAGCGGCAGUGACGACCACCCGCAGGGGAAAAGGCGUUUUCUCCAUGAAAGGAGGAUCGAGGUCUGCUGUCAGCGGGUCUUCUUCGUCGGGCUCGAAAUUGAAAUCAGACGAGUUGCAGACAAUCAAGAAAGAAUUAACCCAGAUCAAAACUAAAAUUGACUCCUUGCUAGGGCGCCUGGAGAAGAUUGAGAAGCAGCAGAAGGCGGAGGCUGAAGCUCAGAAGAAGCAGCUGGAAGCGAGUCUAGAGCUGAUCCAGGACGAGUGUGUGUCGGAGAACGCGGACCACUCCGCGGAGGAGCCCGCAGAGGGAGCGCCCGACGCCGACGGGGAGGAGCUGACCGACGGCGUGGAGGAGGACUUCGACGAGGACGGCGCUCACGAGCUGGUAGGAAACAGUGCCGGCAUGUCCGCAACCCGCUCGUUCUAAGAUAGAGUUUCUACAGAUAAAGUGAUGUAAAGUAAUGAAUGAUGCCAUCAAAGCAGAAAAGAGAAACUGUGAAAACCCCCAGAAAUGUGAAAGGAGGUUUCCUACAGGAUAACAGCAUCUUCGGUUCAAUUUAUAAAAACCCAAAUAAAUAAAAUGGACAGUAUUGUUCAAUUUUAGAAAUUCCAUUUCUUCUAUGUUCUAAGCUGUAUAAUUGUCAGGUUUUUAUGGUUUAGAUUGUAAAUGUGUUCUUCCCUUUGCUAAUUACAUGUUUUUUUUUAAGUCUUAAAAGUCUUAAAAUGUGAAGGACAUUUAUGAAUGGUAAGGGAGACACUGUAUACAAAUGUAUAUUUGUAAAAGCUAUUUUUAUGAUUAGCAUGUUUUACUGUUGAUCAUAUAUAAAAGUCAGGUGAUAUUGCAAUUAUAAACUUAAACUUAUUUCCAACAAUGUCAUGUAAGAAAAGAUACAUUGUAUGCUAGUUUUUAUAAUUUAUUUUUAACUUAUAGUUUAAAGUACUUCAGAUAAUAAUGAUAAAAUAUUUGAAAAAUUGUAUUUCUGCCCUCAAUAAGCACCAUUUUUAUUAAUAAAGAAUGCAAAUAUUUCAGAUGUGAUUCAAUAGUUAAAGGAUUGUUGGUUUGACCUGUAAUUAAAUUGAGCAUCCUCUGCUUGACUGAACUGAAAUGAUGCAAUUAAUACCCAAUAUUUCAGUGUGAGUGGGAGAUCCCAUGGAUGGAUUUUAAUGCCAAUACAGAUGAGAACUAGAUUGGCAAGGAAGAUUGUUUUGCCUUUGGAUCCAAAAGUUCAAAUUAAUGCAUACAUCGCUUCAUUCCAUCUCCUAUUACUAAGGAUUCUCCAUUCCCUGGCAUUGCAAGUGUUUCCAAAUGCCCUUAGCUGUUGUCUUGUGCUGUGGAAAUGGAAGAAACCAUCUUCACAGACUAGGAGAAUUAAGUGUAUAAUUUCUUAAUAAAUACGGCUUCUUUUAA